AUGGCGGCGGCUUCCCGCGCAAGCUUCUGGCCUCCGCUCUUAGCGCAAAAGGAACAGCCCAAAGCGGUCCCGGCAGCAGCAACGAGCGGGAGCGGGCGUGUGGCCCGUCUCCGCAGCCCCGCGCCGCGCCGCGCCCCGUACCGCCCGCGAGCCCGGAGCUCGCGCCCCGCGCACUCCCUGGCCGGCUCGCGCCGGGCCCUCCCCCGCCCUCCCGCGGCCGGGGGCGGGGGCGGCGCGCGGCCGGCUUCCCGAGCUCGGCGGGCGCACCCGGGAGUGCGAGCGUGGGGGUCCCGGCCCCCUCCUCCACAGGCAGCUAGGGGCGGUGCGGUGGGGCCCCCGGCUCUGAGGGGCGGCGCCCGGAGGGCCACAAUCGGCGCCCGGCUCCCGGCCGUCCCAACCCUCACCACGGAGCACUGCGGAGAUGCGAGCGAGAACGGCCAUGAACUCUGCCACCAAGGCUCAGCGAGCACGCGCCCAGAGCCACGGCGGCCGCCGCCCGGCUUCUGUUCCAGCCCGCUCACCGGCCUGCGCAGCACCCUGAACUCCCGUUCCCCACGCCCGGCCCAGCCCCGGCCCACGCCCGUUCCCGCUCGCACCGCGCCGCUGCCGGCCGCCUGCACAUCCUGGAGCUGGCUGGUGCCCCAGAGCGUGGCGAGAACGCGCUUCUUCCGGGCCGCCCUGCCGCGCCAGCCGCAGGCUGCCCCCGUGCCCGCCUCGUUGAUUGCCCGGGCCCCUUCCGCACCCCCGGCCCGCGCUUACCUGCAGCGUGGCACAGCCACAGACACUCGCCGUGGGCUCCCCGCGCUCGCUGCAGCAGGCCGGGGACGGGAUGGACGCGGGGCACGGGGGCACGAGAGAAGUGAAAGGAGAGAGAAAGAGGGGGAGAAACUUCAAUGUGAGAGAGAAACAUUGAUCAGUUGCCUCUUGAACACACCAAGACUGGGGACAGAACCUGCAACCCACGCAUGUACUGUGACUGGGAAUCUAACAAGAAUCCAGAGGUACACUUCCACCAAGAUGGAGGCUUAGGUGGAAACAGUGUGCCUUCUCACACAAUGAAGUUUAAACAUAACAAAGUUUUAGCAACAAAAAUGCAGCCAAACCACAGAAAAUUGAACUAUACGAAAGUCUGACAACAACGAACCCUUCAGCCAGACCAGUAAGAGCAGCAGAGCCAGCAGCAGAGCAGGUUCAGGCAGGAAAGAUUCACUGGACUGACCCAGGCACGUGACCCAGGUGCACAGGCAGCCAUGGGCGGAUCCCAGGUGUGGAGUAACAAUGGGCGGACCCACUGAGGGCUGACUGUGGUCACACAUUCAUGCGCAGAUAAACCAGUGAAGGAGCGAGCAGUGAGACAAACCGCACAGGCCCCAGUGGCAGGAAGCAGCAGAGGGGACUGCUAUUGUCCCUCUCUGACCCUGCCCCCACAUACAGCGUCACAACCCAGCGACCUGGGUGCUCUGCCCUGAUGAACAACUAAGGCUCUGCUCCUCAUAUGUAACAGGCGCAAACAGAGCAAAACAUUAUGACUUAAGGACAGCUCAAAGCCCCAGAGCCCAUAACUCUAAGCAACGAAGAAAUAGCCAACUUUCAGAUGCACAGUUCAAAACACUGGUGAUCAGGACGCUCACAGACUGGUUGAUUUUAGUCACAAAUUAGAGGAACAUAUGAAGGCUAAACUAAUUGAAAUGAAAAGAAAUGCACAGAAAACCAAUAGUAAUGGAAAGGAAAGUGGAACUCACAUCAAGGGAGUGGACCAGAAGAAAGAAAAAAAUGACCAAACAGAAAAGAAUGAAGAAACAAGAAUUCAAAAAAUUGAGGAGAGGCUUAGGAACCUUCAGGACAUCUUUAAAUGUUCCAACAUCUGAAUUAUAAGGGUUCCAGAAGGAGAAGACAAAGAGGAACAAGUGGAACACUUAUUUGAACAAAUAAUAAAGGAGAACUUCCCCAAUCUGGCAAAGGAAAUAGACUUCCAGGAAGUCCAGGAAGCUCAGAGAGUCCCAAAGAAGAUGGACCCAAGAAGGAACACACCAAGGCCCAUCAUAAUUAUAUUAGCCAAGAUUAAAAUGAAGGAGAGAAUUCUAGAAGCAGCAAGAGC